CAUUAAUUUUUGUUGUAGCUAUUCCCUUAUUUUUUCCUACUUCGACAAGCUUUUUCUCAUUUUCUUUUCCAUAUAAACAACGUAUCCUUAGAGGAGUUUUAAUUAAUCACAAUUUUUUUGGUUAAUGGGAUUUGGUAUAUAUAAUAUAUAUACACAUUAUAUGAAGAAAAUUUGUAUUUAAGGGGUAUUGGGGAGUUUAGGUCGAUUCAGAGACAAUAUCCAUCAUAGUUUGAAAAUGGAGGUGGGAGACCUCUACAGAGCCGGUAACAGCUUCAGAAAUAGCUUGAAAAGUAGUAGUUCUUCAGCAUGGAGAAGCAAUAAUAAUAAUAAUAACAAUAAUAAUAUUGAGUUUUUCUCAAAGUCUAGAAGAGAAGAUGGUGAUAUAGACGAUGAAGAAGCUCUCACAUGGGCUGUACUCGAAAAGCUUCCAACUUAUGAUCGUUUAAGAAAAGGGAUUCUGACUACUUCUAAAGGAGAGCCAACUGAGAUUGAUGUAUUCAAUCUUGGUCUUAAAGAAAGGAAAGACUUGCUUCACAGAUUGGUUAAUGUUGCUGACGAAGAUAAUGAAACUUUUUUGUUGAAGCUCAAAGAACGUAUUGAAAGGGUUGGAAUUGAUCUUCCUACUAUUGAAGUGAGAUUUGAGCAUGUCAAGGUGGAGGCAGAUGUUCAUGUAGGAAGUAGAGCUUUACCUUCAUUCCUUAACUUCUGCAUUAAUAUACUCGAGAUUUUCGUAAGUUCUCUGCCAAUAUUUAAAAGCAAAAGAAAACAUUUGACCAUCCUUGAUGAUGUUAGUGGAGUCAUAAAGCCAGGAAGAUUGACAUUGCUGUUGGGACCUCCAAAUUCUGGCAAGACCACACUUUUAUUAACCCUAGCAGGAAAACUUGCCUCGAAUUUAAAGUUUUGUGGGAGGGUGACAUAUAAUGGACAUGAGAUGAAUGAGUUUAUUCCCCAAAGAACAGCUGCCUAUAUUAGUCAGCAUGAUGUUCAUCUUGGAGAAAUGACCGUAAGAGAAACUCUAUCUUUUUCUGCAAGAUGCCAAGGAGUAGGGACACGUUACGACAUGCUUGCUGAAUUGUCAAGAAGAGAGAAAGAAGCAAGUAUUAAACCGGAUCCAGACAUUGACGUCUUUAUGAAGGCAGUGUCAACAGAAGGCCAAGAAUCAAGUGUGAUGACGGAUUAUAUUAUUAAGAUUCUUGGUUUGGAAGUAUGUGCUGAUACAAUGGUAGGGAAUGAAAUGUUGAGGGGUAUCUCUGGAGGACAAAGGAAACGUGUCACAACUGGGGAGAUGCUUGUUGGGCCAGCAGGGGCGUUGUUCAUGGAUGAGAUUUCAACUGGCUUAGAUAGUUCAACCACAUUUCAGAUUGUGAAAUCACUUAAGCAAUUUGCUCACAUCUUUAAUGGAACUAAUGUCAUCUCUUUACUCCAGCCAGCACCAGAGACUUAUGAUCUUUUUGAUGAUAUCAUUCUUCUAUCCGAUGGCCAAAUUGUGUAUCAGGGUCCCCGUGAAAAUGUGCUUGAAUUCUUCGAAUCUACUGGUUUUAAAUGUCCUGAGAGGAAAGCUAUUGCUGACUUUCUUCAAGAGGUGACAUCAAGGAAAGACCAGGCUCAAUAUUGGGCAAGAAGAGAUGAACCUUACAGGUUUGUCACUGUAAAUGAAUUUGUUGAGGCAUUCCAAUCGUUCCAUGUAGGACAGAAAAUAGAGGAACAUCUUUCAACACCGUUUGACAAGACCAAGAGCCAUCCAGCUGCUUUGACAACUAAACACUAUGGUCUCAACAAGAUGGAUCUCUUGAAAGCAUGCAUGUCAAGAGAAUACUUACUCAUGAAAAGAAAUUCCUUUGUCCAGAUCUUCAAGAUUUCGCAACUUGUGGUAAUGGGGCUGAUUUCUGCCACCGUUUUCCUCAGAACUAAGAUGCAUCACAAGACUUUACAAGAUGGUAAUAUCUACCUCGGUUCCUUGUUCUUUUCAACUUUGAUGAUUAUGUUCAAUGGAAUGUCAGAGCUACCUAUGACCAUUGUCAAGCUUCCGGUGUUUUACAAGCAAAGAGACCUUCAAUUCUUCCCUGCCUGGGCAUAUGCUCUUCCAUCAAUGAUUUUAAAGAUCCCUGUGGCUUUUAUAGAAGUAGCAGUUUGGAUGAGCCUUACAUACUAUACAACUGGAUUGGAACCAACUGCCGUAAGGAUGUUUAGGCUAUAUUUUAUCUUCGUCAUCAUUAAUCAGAUGGCUUCUUCACUCUUUCGAGCAAUUGCGGGCCUUGGUAGGAACAUGAUCGUAGCCAACACAUUCGGGUCAUUUGCAUUGCUCUUGCUUUUCGUAAUGGGCGGUUUUGUGUUGUCUAAAGAUAACAUCAAAAGUUGGUGGAUUUGGGGUUACUGGACAUCGCCUUUGAUGUACGGUCAGACUGGAGUUCUUGUUAACGAGUUCCAUGGAAACAAAUGGAAACAUGUUCCACCUAACUCAACUGAAAGUCUUGGCAUUCAAGUGUUGAAAUCACGAAAUUUCUGUAGUGACUCAUAUUGGUAUUGGCUUGGCUUUGGGGUGUCGAUUGCAUAUGUUGUUGUUUUCAACUUCUUGUACACUUUGGCUCUUACUUACCUUAAUCCACUUGAGAAGAUACAAGGAGUUUUUUCUGAAAAUUCUGAGAGUGAUAAUAUCCAAGAUGGCAGAGAUAUAGAAGCCAUUGAAAUACAGCAAAUAACAAUAAACAUGGGUGAAAAUCAGAGUAAAAAAAAAGGAAUGAUUCUUCCAUUUGAGCCACAUUCUAUUUGUUUUGAUGAUGUUGCUUACUCAGUGGACAUGCCACAAGAGAUAAAGGUACAAGGCGUGGUUGACGAUAAAUUGGUUCUUCUGAAGGGUGUUAGUGGUAGUUUCAGGCCUGGUGUUUUGACGGCACUUAUGGGAGUUAGUGGAGCUGGCAAGACCACUUUAAUGGAUGUGCUUGCUGGGAGAAAAACUGGUGGAUACAUCGAAGGCGAUAUUCGAAUUUCUGGUUACCCAAAGAAACAAGAAACAUUUGCACGAAUUUCUGGAUAUUGUGAGCAAAACGACAUCCACUCACCUCAUGUUACUGUUUAUGAAUCACUGCUAUACUCAGCAUGGCUUCGUUUACCAUCUGAAGUUGAUACUGAAACCAGAAUGAUGUUCAUUGAGGAAGUGAUGGAGCUUGUGGAACUCACUCCACUGAGACAAGCACUAGUUGGAUUGCCUGGGAUCAGUGGUCUCUCAACUGAGCAACGAAAGAGGUUAACUAUUGCAGUUGAGUUAGUGGCAAACCCUUCAAUAAUAUUCAUGGACGAGCCAACUUCAGGGCUAGAUGCCAGAGCUGCUGCAAUUGUCAUGAGAACAGUUAGGAACACAGUGAAUACUGGCAGAACAGUUGUAUGCACAAUUCAUCAACCAAGUAUUGACAUCUUUGAGUCCUUUGACGAGUUGUUCCUAUUGAAGGUUGGAGGAGAAGAGAUAUACGUGGGACCAUUAGGCCGUCAUUCUUGCCAUCUAAUCAACUAUUUUGAGGCAAUUGAAGGUGUCAGUAAAAUCAAAGAUGGUCACAAUCCAGGAACUUGGAUGUUGGAGGUUACGAGUUCAGCACAAGAAAUAGCUUUAGGUGUUGAUUUCGCUAAUAUUUACAAGAAUUCAGAACUAUACAAGAGAAACAAAGAACUGAUUAAAGAAUUAAGCACUCCAGUUCCUGGUUCAAAGGAUCUUUAUUUCCGCACUCAAUUCUCUCGAUCUUUCGUCACUCAAUGCGUGGCUUGCUUAUGGAAACAACGACAGUCUUACUGGCGAAACCCACCUUACACCGCUGUGAGAUUCAUGUUUACCACUUUCAUAGGCUUGAUUUUUGGAACAAUGUUUUGGGACUUGGGAUCUAAGAGGUCGAGUAAACAAGAUCUGACCAACUCAUUAGGAUCCAUGUACGUUGCUGUUAUUUUUAUCGGUGUCCAAAAUGCUGGAUCUGUACAGCCAGUAGUCGACGUAGAAAGAACAGUCUUUUAUAGAGAAAAAGCUGCAGGAAUGUAUUCAGCUUUUCCUUAUACAUUCGGACAGGUGGUAGUCGAGAUUCCAUACAUUUUCUGUCAAGCCGUAGUUUAUUGUUUGAUAGUGUACUCAAUGAUAGGCUUCGAAUGGACUGCCAAAAAGUUCUUUUGGUAUUUCUUCUUCUCCUUCUUUUCAAUGCUUUACUACACUUUCUAUGGCAUGAUGGCCGUUGGAAUCACUCCCAAUAAUCACGUCGCUUCCAUUAUUUCGUCUGCCUUCUACUCAAUAUGGAACCUUUUCUCAGGAUUCAUCGUCCCUCGAACUAGGAUACCAAUAUGGUGGAGGUGGUACUACUGGGCAUGUCCAAUAGCAUGGACCCUAUAUGGACUGUUGGUAUCACAGUUUGGAGAUGUGGAAGAUGUGAUCAACGCUGAGACAGGACAAACAGUGAAAGAAUACUUGAGAAGCUAUUUUGGCUUCAGGCAUGAUUUCUUAGGAGUUGUUGCCUUCGUCAAUGUUUUGUUUGCUCUGCUCUUUGGAACCAUCUUUGCCUUUUCUAUUAAGUUCUUGAAUUUUCAAAAGCGAUAGAUUUAUAUUAAUAUAUAUACUGGAAGCUACUUCAACACAUCUUUUUUUGCAACACCAAUAUAUUAUUUUUCUAUUUCGGUGGUACCUGUUAUAAUCCCAAAUAUUUUUAUAUGAUGGUGUACAUUAUAACUAUCUAGAACAUUCUACAAAUUUUCAAGAAAUUCUGAAUAAAUUAUGGUACCGAAACAAGGUCUAAACUCUCUGUUGCAUGCGUACUUGUUUUUUUGUGUACGCGUGUAAAAUUUGACAGUUUGAACUCUGUUUUCGGCUUUAUAAACUAUUCAGAAUUUUUUGAAAAUUUGCAGGAUAUUCUAAAUACCUACAAUGUACAUCGUCAUAUAAAUUUUUUUAGGAUUAUAUCUAGUCGUUCCCUAUACAUAUAGCUUGUGAUAUCCUAAUAGAUACGCUAUAAUUUAUCUUUUGAUCCCAAAUAAAGUGUGUUUAUCUUUUGCUGUA